GUAUAAAAUAUAAUUUCUGCAAUUUGAAUUUUCAAUCUCGAAAACGUCAAAAAAAGAAAAAAAAAAAAUUCAAUCUCGAAGUUUCGGCCUUUUAAUUUUCGUAAGGUCUGUUUGGCUUCUGGGAAAAUUCUUUCUUUCAAUUAAGCCCUAGAAAUAGGAGAAAUUUAUUUGUCUAAUAUCAUUUUCAUAAUAAUCAUAGAGUUUGUUCGUCCCCUGACUUCGCCGGAGAAAGACCAUUCACAGAGAGAGAGAGAGAGUUCAGUUCAACUCACCUGUGAUGGCGAAUCGAGAGCACCUUGAGAAGAUGCAACUUCGCCAGAAUUAUCGAAAUCUCUGGCACACUAGCCUCAUGAACACUAUUCAGGCCGAUACUCCUUAUUGUUGCCUUUCCUUGUUUUGUGCUCCUUGUGUAUCAUAUUUGCUAAGGAAACGAGCCCUAUACAAUGACAUGUCAAGAUAUGUAUGCUGCGCAGGUUAUAUGCCUUGCAGUGGAAGGUGUGGAGAAAGUAGAUGUCCAGAAUUUUGCCUGGCAACUGAGGUUGUUCUCUGCUUUGGAAAUUCUGUGGCCUCAACACGCUUUUUGUUGCAAGACGAGUUCAACAUACAAACUACACAAUGUGAUAAUUGCAUCAUUGGUUUUAUGUUCUGCCUACAGCAAGUUGCGUGCAUUUUCUCCAUAGUUGCAAUGAUUGUUGGAAGUGAAGAAAUUUCUGAGGCUUCUCAAUUGUUGUCUUGUUUGGCUGAGAUGGUCUACUGCACGGUGUGUGCAUGCAUGCAGACGCAACACAAGGUUGAAAUGGACAAAAGAGAUGAGAAGUUUGGGCCUCAGCCAGUGAUGGCAGUUCCUCCUGUUCAGCAAAUGUCUCGAAUCGAUCAGCAAAUUCCUCCCUCGGUUGGAUAUGCACAUCAACCAGCUUAUGCUUACCCUCCUGCUCAACAGGCUCAAGGUUAUCCAGCUCCAGGGUAUCCUCCAGCUCAAUAUCCGCCCCCUGGUUAUCCACCCUCUGGCUAUUCCAGGUGAUUAUGAUUUUUUUCCCUUCACAAAAUUACAUGCUGAUUUGGUAUAUUUGUGUACGGAGGUCUCCUUCUUCACUAUGAAAUAUUUUGGUAUGAAAGUAAAUUUACUGUGAAUUUCCUAUAUGUAUCGAACCUGACAUUUUUCUUCUACUACUUGUUGCUUCUUAGAUUUUAGUUUGCCUUGUGAAUGGAAAUGGUGAUCUGCUCCAUUUGGCUUUAUAUUAUAAUUCUACCAAACAAAAACAAAGAUUUUAAACA